CAGGUCGUGCACCUGCAGCACCCUCACAUACACCUUGUGCCCGUUGCAAAACCGCUCCUGGACGCGGCGGCGGCGGCCGGGUCUGCGCCUGCGCCGGUGCAACAGUACGGGCUGUGGCACCUACUCCGUUUCUACCGGCAGUGGGGCCAGCGGCGGUGGCGCCUGACUGUCCAUGUGCGGACGCAGAAGGUGCUGGAGCACACGGCGCAGCAGCUGGUUGAGGCGGGGCCCAAACCGGGCACUGCUCCGCCUGCUGGUGGACAAGUACGCGCACCUGGUGGUGUACGUGGACGAGUUCUACACAUCGCAGGUGUGUGCGAAGUGCGGGCGGCGCUUGCUCGGCGACGGGCAGCGCUGCCUGCAGGCGGUCGUACCAUGGGGGGGCUCACGUGCUCACCAAGUCCAAGUGUGCAACCACUGCGGGACGGUGUGGGGACGUGACGUCAACUCCGCAACCAACAUCCGGCACGCGCUGGUGGAGAUGCUGCUGGGGCACAAGCGACCUGCAUCGCUGCAGACUGGCGGCGGCGGCGGCGGUGGCAGCGGUGGCGGCGGCGGCGGCGGCAGCAGCAGCAGGGGCGCGUGCGCGCAUCUUGGUAGCGGAGGGGGCGGGAAAGGCCACGUGGAGGAGGAGAGCGCAGCGCCGCCCAAGAAGCGGCGCAAGCGCGCAGGCUGAGGAGCCGGCUGGCGGUGUCUAGGUAGCGGUCCGCGGUGGAGCUGGCAGGGCUUGCGUAGCGGCAUGACAAGUAGUGCGGCUGUUGACAACUGUGCUGCGUCUGGCUGUGGUUGGCUCUGCUGUGGCAUCGCGAUUGCUAGAUAGGCACCUGGUUUGGCUAUGUGCCUGUGGAAACCGACCCCGGCUAUGUCCGGGCGAUGAGGUUGUUCGGCCUCAGACUGUGGAAGGGCUCAGCCCCUUUUCCCGUGACCGGGGAACACUUGUCACUGAGUGAAGUUCGGGCCCCAGCGCGCACUGUAUGGAUCGGUCGCGCCCCACUGCCACAGGAGGAGGCACCUCCCCUGACUGCCACGUCCCCGCGUGCGUCUUGAAGUGGGUUAAUGGGGUUUGGGGUUGCGAAGUCCAGCGUCUCCAUAAGUCCAUUGUCGCCAAUGCGCUGGCAGAACGGAAAGUCAUCAAAGUAGUAGUCAUCCGAAGAUUGGACGGGCAGCUGCAGUCGCUCGGUCGGUCGCUGCUCGGUCGGUGCUGGAACGGAAAUGCGCGUUACUGUAACAGCUAACGUCC